CAUGUCAAACCAAGAUUCUGGCGAAAAUAAGGAGUCCACCGAAUGCAUAACACUCACAAGUGACACAGGAGCCGUAGUCUGUAAGGAAGAUUCAGAGGCGACCAUCAUUCAAGAUGGAUCCGAACCCCUGCCCCGCGAGCCAAGUUGCUCACAAGUUCUCGAAAACCAGGAUAUUCUCAGCAUUAUAUUCGACCAUUUUCUCGUUGAGCCUCUCAUUGAGGAGCCACAGAACGAGGCUGAAAGAGCGAAAUAUCGUGAGGACAAGAAACACUUGCUUUGGGCUGCACUUGUCAGUCGAGCGUUCGCAGAGCCAGCAUUAGAUGUUGUCUGGAGGAGGAUGGAGAGCUUGUUGCCCCUGUUCAAGAUCUUCCCGAACUUUGACCUGUUCAGUGACCUCUAGACGUUUAAGGGCCGUGUGUCCGAGGAAGCCAUUGAUCGGUUUGAUCAGUACGCGCGUCGUAUCCAGAUUCUUGAUUUCUGUGAAGAUUCGCAACGUCCUGCAAUCGCAAGCCAUGCUCUUCUCUACCUUGGCCGCAUCGAUCUGUCAUCGCCGCUAUUGCCGGCGCUCCAUUCCAUCUCCAUCCAUGCUAGCAACCCGGAACUCACCAAUACUCUGCUGUUCAUUCAGCCAACAAAUAUCGUCAACUUGUCAUCGCUCAAAUUGGACGCUAGCAAUGAAGACUCGUUCAGCCUUUUCCUUGUGACACUUUCGCAAGGAUCCCCCGAUUUGCAAAGAAUGAGCCUCGAAGGAGACAUUCGCUCGCGCAUCGUUUAUGGCCUUGCUGACCUUUCCCAACUGCAAUAUGUUGACCUUGAGAUGAAGUCUGGCUCCCAUACAGAAGACCUGAUGGAGAAACUCGCUCUAAUACCAUCUCUCUCACACCUCUAUGUCACCAUUGGAGAAGGUGUUGAUGUUGCGGCACAAUCGAGCAAGAAGUGCCUCUGGUUUCCUGCACUUGACUCCUUCUCAAUGACCGGAGACGCGCUGAAAUUAUCUAAUUUGACGGCACCUUGUCGCCUCCCUCGUUUGGAGACGCUCGAUAUUACGUGGACCUCGGUCUCUCAGCAGGCAAUACGUGACAAGGUUCUCAAGACAAUUGUUCGUACAUUAACCAGUGGGACGACCCAUCUGAACACCCUUCGCUUGUCUGGGAGCAGCAAGAUAGGCAACAAAACGGCCUUAUCGUCCAGUGUUUUUGACCUCUCCGUAUUCUCUAAGGUUCAAGAAAUCCACGUCGUAAGACUCAAUCCGAAGCUUAGCGACGGGCAAGUACAGAAGCUGGCAGAAAGUGGGUCAUGGAGCUCACUCCAGACCCUUGAUAUACCCGAUUGUUCCGACAGCAAGACAUUGACCUUGCGAAGCCUCCAGUUCAUUGCGAGGUACUGCCCCAACUUAAGGACUCUGCAUAUGCGUGUCUACAUGAACUCGGAAAACAUCAAGUUGUUGAAGGAGGAAAUGCCAAAACUCCUUGUUCCUGGCCACCCGCUGAAAACUUUGCAUAUUGGUAGGUGGAACGAUGAGAAAUUGGUUGGUAAUACGUUCAGUUUGGGUGUCAUCACUGCUCGUUACAUUGAUUAUUUAUUCCCCUUCCUGGAAGUUUUUGGCCGGGGUACCUGGGAUAGAGACCAGGACUGGUGGGUUGGUAUCCAGGAGACUCUCGAGGGAUUCAGGGAAAUCCGUCGGGAGAUCUGGGGGUA